GUACUGUGAGGACUGAAGCCACCACCGUGUCACCCACCGGUGGCUGCCUCAAUCCAAGGAAUCACUUUUGGUUUAAGUUCCCAUUGCUUUGAGAAAAAAAUAAAUCCAAAUAAACCCAGUUUUUAGAGGGAGGGGUGCUCCCUCUGCUCCAUCACUCACUGAUUGGAGAGAGAAAAAACACAUCCUGGUCUUCUGCUGAGUUACAUGGUGUGCCAGGGUCAAAUUUGACAUGCACAGCAUGAAUGCAUGGACCCAGCCUGCCUCCGGCAGUCCAGGCUGAUGCUGCUGGUGUCUAGUGUUGAUGACCAUGUGCGAUCCAGUCUCAAACUGUAGUUUAAUCAACUUCAAAAUGAGGUGUUUUGAGCCUUCGGGCGCAAUGACGUGCCAAAGCCUGGACACGUUGCGCACGGCUGCGCACCUCCUCCUCCUCCUCCUCCUCCAGGUGCGCAGCUGGGUGCGAGUGCACCUGGAGAGGAGCUGGUGCCAGUAACACCAGACCACGGGUCCACACAGACAUGUCGGUGCCGUGUUCAGAUUGUCACUUCACGUGGUCUGAUAAUUCACAUCACGCGCAAUGAACGUCACCCGGGGCCUGCUGGCGGUGCUGAGCGUGCUGCGCCACGCCGAGGCGAGCUGCUCGCCCACCUCCUACUACAAGAACUGCUGGAUCCGACGCUUCCCGGGCAUCUUCCUCGACAUCGGGGAGUCGCAGCGCAGGGGGGCGCAGCUCCUGCGGCACUACCAGGAGGAGACGGCGCUGAAGUGCAGCCGCACCUGCUGCCUGACGAGAAACUUCUCCUGCAACCUGGCCAUAUUUCACUAUGACGCCACUCAGGAAAACGUCAACUGCUUCCACCUGCACUGUCCCACGCUGGAGAGCUGUAUCCUCAGUCACAGAGGCAACGUUGUUCUGUACAACAUCACCAAGGGGGUGGAUCCUGACCUGCUGGUGUUUGGAAAGUACUUCACCUCCAAUGUGCGCGUGUUACCCCACCACUACAGUCGGGCCAACGCCUCAGAGCCACUGCCCUCGGACAAACGCCACUUCCUACAUCCACCCCCGCCCGCUGUCCCGCCUCUGACGUCUGCGCCGACUGGAAAACCGCCCACCAUAGCAGGCAGAGUGCUCAGCUCCACCGCCGCCGCCACCCUGCGGAGCAUCAGUCAGCCGACAGUCGUCUCCACAACUACAACCCCAUUGUCUUCCCCUUCACCUGCUCCUCUGACAGACCCGGGGAACCGUGCACAAACAACUGCCCCGACCACUUCCACCAUUUCUUUUGCACCCAGCUUUACUGCACCUCCUUCCACGACGACAGACGCCACUCGCGGCCAUCGCGAUCCCGACACGACUAACCCCAGCCCCGUCCGUUCCACCACAACCACGCAGCCCCCCACCUCCGCCCCUACCCAGCCUCACUCCACCACUUCCCCUCUGUCAGCCACCAUCCCUCCAACUACCACAGCCAGUACGGGCAACAUGGGGAGCAGCAAGCAAUACCCCAAUGAGACCGAGGGCACCCUGGGGCGGAACCACACCGCAGGCGGUGAGGGAGACCAGGGAGUGGGCGGAGAGGACCCUGUGGUGGGGUCGGGAGCUGGGUGGCACCAAGCUGCGCACACCUUACUGGUCGCAGUGGCCAUCUGCAUCACCGUGCUGCUGAGCUGCUGCUGCUCCAUCCUGCUGGUCGUGAGCUGGAGGGGUCAGAGGAAGAGGAUGGGGCGCUAUCGGACGUCAUGGAGGGGGAAAAGAGGCUCCAUGCGCCUGAUAAAGUACGUGCUGGUCAGAGAGCGUUCCUGAAAGGGGAACCAAGUAAAAAAGAAAAAAAAAACAUAAAAAAGAACUGACAUUUCGCUUUUGUUUACAGCAAAGUUUUUAAUGAAUGAAUCCACUAUGAAAAUACAUUUGACGAGUUAGAUUUUUUAACGUUAUACUUUGCAUGCUGGAUGCUUCAAAUAGCAAAAGAUAAACCUUUAUAUUGCUUUAUUUUAAGCAGAUUUCAGUGGAAAUGUAGUUGCUGUCAACUGAGGAAGUCAGGCUGAAAUACUGAAUAUAAGUUAUUUUAUGUCUUAGCUUCGAUAUAAAACAUAGUUGUAAUGAUUUUGGUUUCACUUGUGACCAAAUAACUUUCAACAGAAGAUCCAAACUCUGCCAGUGUAUUCUACCACGGCAGUUUGCCUCAAGAAAGACGAUAUGAUGUACUUUGGCUGACCUAUAUUUCUGAUGUACUUCAGUGAGUUCAAACUGCUCUUGAUGCCAAACCUCAAGGACAUUUUCCAGUUGACUACGCUGGUCUUACGUGAGCACUUUCAAAGGGGGAAAAAAAGUUCUGCAAUGUCAGUGUUGUUCUGAUUGUGUUGUCCUUUGUGGGGCUGAAGGAGCAACACGUUUUGCCUUUUGGCCUUUAGUGUGUCACAUCUCGGUGCAUUGGGUGUCUCCGGACCAAGUAGUGCAGGGACUGCAGACCAAAACUCUUUAAGAAGGGUGAGGUACUUUUCAACAGCCUGUUGCUGAAAGCCUCCUUUC